AUUACACUCUACAUAUUACGCUUGGAAUUCCUCUGCAGUCCUUCUUCUACUGUACAGUCCCGACCCUCACCCACCAACACCCACCCACCUAAAUAGCUGAAGAUCUCUCUCACGGCAAAAUGGAUCGCAUCAAGGAGAAAAUGAACUCGCUCCGCCUGGAGGCUGACGAGGCCAUUGCCAAGGUGGAGGAGCUCCAGACAAAGGUCAAGACGCUCGAGCAGGAGAACCUGGCCAAGGAGCAGGAGAUUACCUCUCUGCAGCACAAGAACGGCCUCCUCGAGGGCGAGGUCGAGAAGCUGGAGACUGCCAUCAAGGACUUCAAGAAGGUGGCCGAUGAGGGGCAAGAGCACGGAACUCAGAACGAGACCCUGCAGCGCCGACUGCAGCUGCUCGAGGAGGAGGCUGAGGAGGCCGACAAGACGCUGCGCGAGGCCAACGAGAAGCUCCGACAGACUGAUGUCAAGGCCGGCCACUUCGAGCGCAAGGUCCAGGCCCUUGAAAAUGAACGCGACCAGUGGGAGCAGAAGUAUGAAGAGAUGGCAAAGAAGCACACCGAUCUGCAGAAGGAGCUGGAGGAGCUCCAGAACGAGAUUGGAAACAUUUAAAUGUACUCGGCUGGCCAGCACACCCUUUAGUCGCCCAGCCUCCACGUUGUGCGGCUGGACCCUUAUAGGCACCACAAAGGAAAUAAUGUAGGAUGUUGCGGGACGCGUGUUGAUAGAAAGAUUCAAGUGUCACAGGGAAGCGCCAUGUUUAGCAGCAGCAUUACAACAAUUACGUGUUUCGUCGCCAUGUUCUUUUUUUUUCUUUUUCCUUUUUUUGGGGUAUCCAUAGAUCGCUAUUGAAGCUGGCAACUAUAUUCGUGCUUCAAA